GAUUGAAAAACAGUGGGCUAGAACAAAGAGACUAAAAUUAUAAUGCGAUUUUUUAUAAGUAAAAUUAGAAUUUGGGGUUUAAAUGUAGGCAUUUGUAUAUAUGUAUAUUUUUAUAUUACUAAAUAUUUUAUUUUAUCUGUGAUAUGAAGUGAUAUUGUUUUUGUUAAUUUUAUUUUAUAUGUAUUUAUCUGUGAAUUGUUAUCUUUUGUUUUUUGCUUUUGUUUUUUUAUACAAAUAAAUUUAUAAUGGGUGAUAUAGGCCUACUGGGGAACCGAGCACCCAAAAAUAACUUCGGUAACGCUCCAUUUUGCAUACCUCCUGGGUGGUAUGGAAACUGCAAAUUGGAUAUUAUAAUUUAAAUGCCCAAAAAUUAUUAUUUUGUCCGAUCUGGCUACAAUAGAAAAUGUUAUAAAAAACGCUAAUUUUGAGGAAGCUCUCACACUGGAAAGAGUUGGGCAUCCCAUUAUCCCUGGCUUCUGGUCUUUAACCAACGUUGCUAUAAAUUCUCAUUAUACAACGAUUUUAAUACUGAUUACAGAACUCUUAUUAGGUGAAUGGAGCUUCGGCAAUGAAUCGUAAUUGACACAUGUUUUGUCUUCGUUAAUUAAUACGAAGAUCUAUAAUGGCCGAUUCGCAUACAACUUUCUUUCCUUUGCUUAACAAUUAAUAUUUUAACAACGAACGAAGAAAGUAACGGUUAUGUCAAGAUGCAGGAUUUCUGCAACUGAUCUUCGUUAAAAUCUCUUGUGAGCAAAUCUGAUAAAAGUAUAUCUACACAGAAACUUCAGCAUACUUUGCAUGUACUAAUUAUGUGCAUUGAAUUUCUUUUGUUGGUUGUAUUUGUGGGGAUAUGCAUCAUAUUUGUGUUACCACUUCUGAAAACCUUGUGUAAGUGAGUCGGAAACUCUCAACAGCGAGGACAAUCAACGUGGACCAUUUAGGACCUAUAUUGUGUUAAUUUAACUAGUUGAAAGUCAUAUUCCUCUGUAAGUUAAUUUAGUUUAAUUAAAGUGUUUUUGUUUAUUUAAAACUCAUUUUGCCAUUAUUCCAUAAAAAUAACAAGAUUUGUACAUACAAUUUUGAAUUUUGGCACUUUUACGAUUUCUUUGGCUUCGCGAUUUGAUAAUAUGGACGAGUAGAGGAGGUUCUCGGGAUUAGAAAUGUGCACACACAUACUCGACUUAGACAUAUAGUGUACGAGAUAUUUGUAUAUAAAGCUCAAAAAUUUUAAAAGUAAUGAAACCCUUGUAAUUGUUAAUUUGUCAUUAUAUAUUAUUUUUGUCCGAAUUGAUUCUAUCUGAUUUUGUAAUAAUUUCGAAUAGCAAAUGUUUGUGACGGCGGCAGAUACUAACCUGCAGUUUGGUAGUUUCUUUGAUAAGAUUUUUAAAUAGUAUAUCGAAAGUCGAUUACAUUUAUACUUCCGUAGCGCUUAUUUGAAGCAAGGUUUUAUUCAGUCUUCUAAUCGAGUUUGACGAGUGUGGUUGGUGUCUUGGUGUUAUCUUGAUGUUAUUUUGUAUUGCCAUAUUUGUUUUUAAGUGCCUUGUGUAGAUAAUUGGAACUAUAGUUAUUGGAUUAAUUUAUUUAGAUCUCCGUUCAUUGUGUAGUGUUCAAAUAUUUUUUCUUAUUCAAUACAUGUGUUAUAGAAUUUGAAAAAAUAUUUUGACGGUUUUAAAAGAAUGUCUAAAGGAUAUUAAAGUUUGAAUUAAGUUUAUCAAUGCUUCCAAUGUUUUGAUUAAAAUUCAUGUUUUAGAUUUUAAUAUACUGUGAACGAAUAAAAAUAUAACCGUAGGCCGAAUCAGAUAACAUAGUAACGAGAAGAAUUGUAAACCCACACAAAGAACUGUACACAAAACAUAGUACUGUUUCGUACGCAAAAAACCGCACAACAUAACUGUCCUGCAAGCAAUUUGUAGUAUAAAUUCGCGCCGCCAUUAACGCUACCAACACAAACGAUUACACCAGAAAAACGAGAAUCGGCGCAGCAACAGGCUGAUAAUAUUCGAUAUGAAAUAAAUGGAAGCUAAAAGACGUCACCAACCACAGCGCUAUAAGAAACUAGUACGAGAGAAGAGAACUUCUGAAAAUAAGAAUCAAAAUAAAACAUAACACAUAUACACAUACAUUGGAAUAAUUAUAAACGAAACAGCAAUAUUCGCCCAUGUGCUAUAUCAAGUGUAUUUUUGUGCUGUAAUUGCGACUUUCAUUGUGGUUUAUUUUGUUGUGCUUAGUUAGACGCUCAAUUGAAAACCAAAUUAAAAAUAAUUAAAUAUUGCAAUCGAAAAAGUGGCUCAUAAUACGUUAUCAAAGGCACACACAUCUCUGUUUUAACUUGUGCCUUUGCCUGGAGGAACUAUUGAGUAUUCAUUCCGUACCAUAGUGAACAACGGGAAAAGCGUGCUUCUCCCCAUAAAUUAUAUAUUUUAUACCUCUUGGGAUAACGAUAUUUAUUUUCGAUAAUGUCUGCAGCUAUUAUACAGCAGAAGUGUACAAACAAUUCUUCAUUAAUUUACUUUGAGUGCGGUGAUAUUUUUAAAGCGAACCAAUCAAAUGAUCAACAGCAACAUAUUCGUUCAAGUCGGUCAGUUAGCAACAAUGGUGAUAUAAUAAUUUCCGAAAUGGAUGAUUCUGUCAAAGUAGUCGACCAGAUAGUGAAGCUGGACAUCAAGAAAGAUUCUGAUCAAUGCCGUCCCCACACUGCAUUGACUAGAACAAUUUCGCAACCACAACCUCAGGCACAACAUGAGGCAAAUGUUGAGUCUUAUGUAACAACCAUAUUAGAAAACUUCGGAAACUUGAACUUACAUCGUAAACUGGAAAGAACACAAUCUGAACCCUUACCACAGCAAGUUAAUACUUCCAGAUAUAAAACCGAACUUUGUCGUCCGUUUGAAGAAGCCGGUGAAUGCAAGUAUGGAGAAAAGUGCCAGUUUGCUCAUGGAUAUCAUGAGCUACGAAACUUACAAAGACACCCAAAGUACAAAACCGAAUAUUGUCGCACAUUCCACAGCGUUGGAUUUUGUCCUUAUGGCCCAAGAUGUCAUUUUGUACAUAACGCGGAUGAAGCUAGAGCUUUACAACAAAUGCAGCAACAGCAGCAGCAACAGCAACAAACAAAAUUGCAAAAUCAUUCCAGUUUUCAUAACUGCAUCACAAGUUAUCCAUUGCAGCUUAAACCAGGAAACAACGCAGCUAAUCUAAAUCAUUCACUACCUUUGAGUCCUCCCCUGAGCAUGUCAACAGGCUCAGAUCGAGAGUCACCCACAGGGUCAUUAUCCUUAAGUCCUACCAGUUCUAUGACUAAUUUUACAUUUGGUGAUCAAAUUAGCCCGGUAAAUUCGGUUUUCCAGAACACAUUUCCUUACUCAAACACUCCACCCGAAAGCCCAAACACUCCAAUUUCCCCAGUGAAUACACCACCACCUAAUAUAAUAUUAGGUUCAAUACAAAAUCAGACUUCGUUGUACAUAAAGCCUGUUACAAUUCAAGGCAAACAGAUCCUACAAAAGAGUUCAAGCUCUCCCAUCGCUAUAAUCAGGAAUGUUAAUAAAAUUCCAACCAAAGUUAAUUCUGUUUCAUCACUUAACAGUGGUGAAGAUGCACGUCUGCCAGUUUUUAACAGAUUGAGCUCAGCUGUUGAAAAGUUUCCUAACAAAGCUUUAUAAUUUGACGAAAUCUCUAUUUGAAUAUAAUUAAAAUUUCUAGUUUUUUGUUGUUUUACAUUUUAAAUUAUAUAUAUAUAUAUAUAUAUAUUGUAUAUAUAUACUAUAUAUAUAUAUACAACCUAAAUUAUUAAACAAAAAAUAUAUUUUACGAUAAUUUAUAUAUUUUAUAUUAAAUAUCUCUUUAUCCAGAAAAUGGGUAUAUACUAGAAAGGGGACUUAGUUCAUAGGAAAGAGUUGGAGGAAGAUGAAUAGGCAAAAUAUGCUUUUGCAUUUAUUAAAUUAUCUAUAUAUAAUAUUUAUUUAAUAUAUACAAUAUAUCAUUUCAUUUUGUUUGCAGAAAUAUUUUAUAUGCCGCUAUAAAACUUCCAUAUAAAAUUUUUAAUUUAUAACUUAAAGACAAUGGAUAAUGUAAUAAAUUAGGUGCAGUUAUAAAAAUUAUUAAUGAAAUGAAGUCAAUGUGAGAUGAGAAAUUAAUAUUUUGUAGUAUUAAAAUUGAAAAAUAUAUUUAACUGGAUACUAUAUUAACGUAACUACCUGUAUAACGUAAAUUAUUACCUACUUGUAUCUUGUUACACAAUAAUAAUAACGUGUAAAUGAAAUGAAAAAUAUUUAUUCCAAUACGUUACAAAAACUCGAAGAUGGUUAACACUGAUGAAAAUUCUCAAAGUGCCUUACAGUUAAUUAAAUAUAUACAUAUGUAGAUAUUUUAGUAUUUAUACAAUUUUUAUUUAAUUGGUUAAGAGAUGAUUCGCGAAUUAGUCGUCUUCCUUUUUUACUUUCGUUAAAAAAUGCUUCCAUUUAUUUUUACAUGUGCUUAUACAAAUUUUGAAUAAAAUACAUUAAUUUUUUCUUAUUAAAAUGUU